UGUGCUGCAGCCGCUGCCGCCACCUCUCGCCAGCGCUGUUGCUGCGGGGGAUUGUGGGAGUCUUCGCGUCCCGCUCGCUGGGAGAGAGGUACCUCUCCUUUUCCCUCUCCCUUUCCCUAAGGAUCGCUCUGUUGCCCAGACUGGAGUGCAGUGGUGUGAUCAGUGGCUCACGGCUCACAGCAGCCUCGACCUCCCAGGCUUAGGUAAUCCUCCCACCUCAGCCCCCUGGGUAGCUGAGAUCACAGGCGCGCGCCACCACACCAAGCUAAUUUUUUGAUCGUCUGUAGAGACGUGUUCUCACUAUGUGGCCCAGAGUUGUCUGCUGGUUCUCAGCUUGAAGAAGAUUCUGCAGUCCUUAUUGAUCCUUUUUCUUGGCGUUACCAUUUUUUGAAGCAAAGUUAACCUAGCUUUCUAGUUUGAGCUUUCUUUUUGGCCAUCUUUAAAAAAAAUUUUUUUUAAUCUGUAAAAUAGACAAGAGCUAGUUCUACAAUGUCCAAGUCAUUCCAGCAGUCAUCUCUCAGUAGGGACUCACAGGGUCAUGGGCGUGACCUGUCUGCGGCAGGAAUAGGCCUUCUUGCUGCUGCUACCCAGUCUUUAAGUAUGCCAGCAUCUCUUGGAAGGAUGAACCAGGGUACUGCACGCCUUGCUAGUUUAAUGAAUCUUGGAAUGAGUUCUUCAUUGAAUCAACAAGGAGCUCAUAGUGCACUGUCUUCUGCUAGUACUUCUUCCCAUAAUUUGCAGUCUAUAUUUAACAUUGGAAGUAGAGGUCCACUCCCUUUAUCUUCUCAACACCGUGGAGAUGCAGACCAGGCCAGUAACAUUUUGGCCAGCUUUGGUCUGUCUGCUAGAGACUUAGAUGAACUGAGUCGUUAUCCAGAGGACAAGAUUACUCCUGAGAAUUUGCCCCAAAUCCUUCUACAGCUUAAAAGGAGGAGAACUGAAGAAGGCCCUACCUUGAGUUAUGGUAGAGAUGGCAGAUCUGCUACACGGGAGCCACCAUACAGAGUACCUAGGGAUGAUUGGGAAGAAAAAAGGCACUUUAGAAGAGAUAGUUUUGAUGAUCGUGGUCCUAGUCUCAACCCAGUGCUUGAUUAUGACCAUGGAAGUCGUUCUCAAGAAUCUGGUUAUUAUGACAGAAUGGAUUAUGAAGAUGACAGAUUAAGAGAUGGAGAAAGGUGUAGGGAUGAUUCUUUUUUUGGUGAGACCUCGCAUAACUAUCAUAAAUUUGACAGUGAGUAUGAGAGAAUGGGACGUGGUCCUGGCCCCUUACAAGAGAGAUCUCUCUUUGAGAAAAAGAGAGGCGCUCCUCCAAGUAGCAAUAUUGAAGACUUCCAUGGACUCUUACCGAAGGGUUAUCCCCAUCUGUGCUCUAUAUGUGAUUUGCCAGUUCAUUCUAAUAAGGAGUGGAGUCAACAUAUCAAUGGAGCAAGUCACAGUCGUCGAUGCCAGCUUCUUCUUGAAAUCUACCCAGAAUGGAAUCCUGACAAUGAUACAGGACACACAAUGGGUGAUCCAUUCAUGUUGCAGCAGUCUACAAAUCCAGCACCAGGAAUUCUGGGACCUCCGCCUCCCUCGUUUCAUCUUGGGGGACCAGCAGUUGGACCAAGAGGAAAUCUGGGUGCUGGAAAUGGAAACCUACAAGGACCUAGACAUAUGCAAAAAGGCAGAGUGGAAACUAGCAGAGUUGUUCACAUCAUGGAUUUUCAACGAGGGAAAAACUUGAGAUACCAGCUAUUACAGCUGGUAGAACCAUUUGGAGUCAUUUCAAAUCAUCUGAUUCUAAAUAAAAUUAAUGAGGCAUUUAUUGAAAUGGCAACCACAGAGGAUGCUCAGGCUGCAGUGGAUUAUUACACAACCACACCAGCGUUAGUAUUUGGCAAGCCAGUGAGAGUUCAUUUAUCCCAGAAGUAUAAAAGAAUAAAGAAACCUGAAGGAAAGCCAGAUCAGAAGUUUGAUCAAAAGCAAGAGCUUGGACGUGUGAUACAUCUCAGCAAUUUGCCCCAUUCUGGCUAUUCGGAUAGUGCUGUUCUCAAGCUUGCUGAGCCUUACGGGAAAAUAAAGAAUUACAUAUUGAUGAGGAUGAAAAGUCAGGCUUUUAUUGAGAUGGAGACAAGAGAAGAUGCAAUGGCAAUGGUUGACCAUUGUUUGAAAAAAGCCCUUUGGUUUCAGGGAAGAUGUGUGAAGGUUGACCUGUCUGAGAAAUAUAAAAAACUGGUUCUGAGGAUUCCAAACAGAGGCAUUGAUUUACUGAAAAAAGAUAAAUCCCGAAAAAGAUCUUACUCUCCAGAUGGCAAAGAAUCUCCAAGUGAUAAGAAAUCCAAAACUGAUGGUUCCCAGAAGACUGAAAGUUCAACCGAAGGUAAAGAACAAGAAGAGAAGUCCGGUGAAGAUGGUGAGAAAGACACAAAGGAUGACCAGACAGAGCAGGAACCUAAUAUGCUUCUUGAAUCUGAAGAUGAGCUACUUGUAGAUGAAGAAGAAGCAGCAGCACUGCUAGAAAGUGGCAGUUCAGUGGGAGACGAGACUGAUCUUGCUAAUUUAGGUGAUGUGGCUUCUGAUGGGAAAAAGGAACCUUCAGAUAAAGCUGUGAAAAAAGAUGCAAGUGCUUCAGCAGCAGCAAAGAAAAAGCUUAAAAAGCGUCGUUUCCCAGGGAGUAUGGAAGGUUUUGUCACUCUAGAUGAGGUUGGUGAUGAGGAAGAUUCGGAACUUCAGAAACUUCGUAAAUCGGGCAUGGCAUUUAAAUCUGGUGACAAAAAUGAUGAUGGUUUGGUUGAAAUUAAGGUGGACAAGAUCGAGGAACUUGAUCAAGAAAACGAAGCAGCGUUGGAAAAUGGAAUUAAAAAUGAGGAAAACACAGAACCAGGUGCUGAAUCUGCUGAGAACGCUGAUGAUCCCAACAAAGAUACAAGUGAAAACGCAGAUGGUCAAAGUGAUGAGAACAAGGAGGACUAUACAAUCCCAGAUGAGUAUAGAAUUGGACCAUAUCAGCCCAAUGUUCCUGUUGGUAUAGACUAUGUGAUACCUAAAACAGGGUUUUACUGUAAGCUGUGUUCACUCUUUUAUACAAAUGAAGAAGUUGCAAAGAAUACUCAUUGCAGCAGCCUUCCUCAUUAUCAGAAAUUAAAGAAAUUUCUGAAUAAAUUGGCAGAAGAACGCAGACAGAAGAAGGAAACUUAAGAUGUGCAAGGAGAUUUAAUGAUUUCGAAGAAAAUAAUGGUUCUUUGUUUUUAAUGUUAACCUUUUUUAAAUACAAUACUGAUAGUUAGAAGAAAACUAUUGUACUCUUUUGUUUUAGUGGAGAAAUAAUAGAUGUCUGUUCAUGUGUUAAGUGUUAUAGCAAAAAAAAAAUACACAUAUGGUUAAGUUAAUGAAUAGUUUUUGUUUUAUCAGAAUGGCAACGGACAGAAGUACUUUGUAGAGAUUGACUUCCUAAGCUACUUAAGACAACUUGCACCACUAAGAAAAAAAUGUAGAACCAUUUGGAAAAAUGAAAUUUAGUAGUUCCAAGUUUCAAAGAAAUGUCAACAUUUUAUUCCAUUCAAUAAAGAACAAAACCAAUAGUAUUUUUAUUACUUUCAUCUGAAACAUUCCAUGUUUUAAUCUGAGCCUUGCAGACUUUCAUUUGGAGUUUGAACCCGUUUUGGUUGCAUUUCAUUUUUGGAGAACUUCAUUAACGUGAGAUUGGCAAUUGAAAUGCAGGUGCAGUUUUCUGUUAAUAUCAUGCUGUUGUUUAGGUAAUAAGAAAUAUUAAGUAAUUGGCUUUAGAUUUUGUAAUUUUUUCCCUGAGUUCCUGCUAGAUUUCGUAUUCUAGUAGUCAAUGUAUUUUCAGUGAAAUGUAAAAAUAUUCCCGUUCUCUUUGACCAGUAUUAAUUUUUGAGAUCUUACUGCUUGUCACUUGAAUCCCGUAAUUGUCAUACAUCUCUGGUAUAAGCAACAUUUGAUUUUUGAAGUGUGUAGACCAUCUCUUCACAUUUUCAAGAUGUAAUUUUACAUUUCUGCAUUUUUAAAACAGUUUGGCCAUAAUCCUAGAUGCACGCUUCUAAUUCAUGUACCUGCACAUGUGACCUUUGUGAACAGAAAUUUGCAUGUAUAAUUUGUGUUUACUUGUAACUUUCUGGUUAUAUACUGCUUAUAUCUGUGGAUUCAAGUUACUGAAGUGAAUACCAAUAAAAAGAAAACCCUAGGCCAUGUUAAUUGGUUAUACAUGUUUGGAAUGAUAACCAA